CAGAGCAGGCAGCGGAGCGGGAGCCGUACGCGGCCACACCAGCUCGUCGGGAUAUGUGGUGCCUGUCAUAGGCUGGUGGAGAGUUGCCUUCCGAGGAACCCAGCUGCAUAAUGAAGUCCAAUCCUGCCAUCCAAGCUGCCAUCGACCUCACGGCAGGGGCCGCAGGAGGCACAGCAUGCGUACUGACCGGGCAGCCCUUCGACACAAUGAAGGUGAAAAUGCAGACGUUCCCCCAUUUGUACCGAGGCUUCACCAACUGCUGCUUGAAGACCUACUCCCAGGUGGGCCUCCGGGGCUUUUACAAGGGCACCAGCCCAGCCCUGAUCGCCAACAUCGCUGAGAACUCUGUACUCUUCAUGUGCUACGGCUUCUGCCAGCAGGUGGUGCGGAGACUGCUUGGAUUGGACAAGGGGGCAAAGCUGAGUGAUCUGCAGAAUGCAGCUGCUGGGUCCUUCGCCUCUGCCUUUGCCGCGCUGGUGCUCUGCCCCACCGAGCUCGUGAAGUGCAGGCUCCAGACCAUGUAUGAAAUGGAGACAUCGGGAAGGAUAGCCAAAAGCCAGAAUACAGUUUGGUCUGUUGUGAAGAGCAUCCUUCGGAAGGAUGGCCCCCUGGGCUUCUACCAUGGACUCUCCAGCACUUUACUUCGAGAAGUACCAGGCUAUUUCUUCUUCUUUGGUGGCUAUGAACUGAGCCGGUCAUUUUUUGCAUCAGGGAGGUCAAAAGAUGAACUAGGCCCUGUUCCUUUGAUGCUAAGUGGUGGAGUUGGUGGAAUUUGCCUAUGGCUGGCUGUAUAUCCAGUGGAUUGUAUCAAAUCCAGGAUCCAAGUUCUUUCCAUGUCUGGCAAACAGGCAGGAUUUGUUGGAACCUUUCUUAGUGUUGUGAAAACUGAAGGAAUAACAGCCUUAUAUUCUGGACUAAAACCUACUAUGAUUCGAGCAUUCCCUGCCAAUGGGUCACUAUUUUUGGCCUAUGAAUACAGCAGGAAGUUGAUGAUGAGUCAGUUGGAAGCUUACUGAAGUGUCGUGGUGGGUCUGGAUCCAAGCCCAGGCAUUUGAGGACUGUUCAUCUCAGGGUUUCAUGGAGUACAAGAACAAUGUGGAAUUACUUGAUUUCUUGGGAAUUUCAUCUUCUACCCCAAAUCUUAAACUUUAUGUGGAAGGACCU